ACAGCCGGUGCCCACAGCUGCAGCAGGGAAGGAUUUAAGUGGUGUCUGCCAGCCCUCUUGCAGCAGAUGUGGUGAUGGUUUGUAAUCAAGCAGCAGAUUAAGGCCUGCGGGUUGAGGGGUCGCCAGACUUUCCCAGUGGCGUAGAAGAGCAGGAUUUAGUCUGUGAUUGUUCCCAAACAUCCCCAGACACCCACAGAGGGGACGGGGGAGGGGGCUGGCAGCUGCGUGUCCUACAUAUGCCACCUGUCCCACAGACCCUGAGGGAUGGGGAUGCUCUGGGGACUGCUGGGUCCGAGCAGGGUCCUGUUGCCCAGCGAGAGCCCAGCGCUCCACUGGGCAAUGCUGCUGUCACCUGCAGUGGUGCUGGGGCUGCUUCCUGUGCAGGAGCUGAGCUGAGGCCAAAGCAGGUGGUGAAAGAAGGAACAGAAAGACCCAGGUGCAGAGGGGCUGUGGGGAGAGCUGGUGGUAUGUGCCGCUGCCGAGAGCUGGAGCCACGUCCUUGGGGAUGUGGAUGCAGUUGAGGGCCCUCCCGGCUCCCAGAUCCUCGCAGUGCUGGUAGGUCCAGCCAGGCUGUAUCCUGACAUUCGUCCCAGGGCUGCGUCCCUUCCUUUCCCCCAGCAGAAUGGUACCCCCAGAGCAGGCACAGAGCAAACGUCCGGAGCAUGUAUGUACCUCAGUAAGGGGAGGGGAGAACCCUGUGGAUGCCCAGCCUGCAGCAGCUCCAUGGCCCCAGGGCACCAGCAGAAAGCUCCUGGGGCCAGUAGGGACUCUGCACAGAGCUGGGGUAAGCCAUGGAAAGAUGGUUGUUGCUGGGAGAAAGGGGGAUUGAGGGAUUAUUGCUACAAGAGGCAAAAAGCCUGCUAGAGCCUGAAAUCAAUUUGCUCCCUGCUGGGGAGAGCAAAAUGGGUCCUCUUUCCUGCAGAUGCUAAUCUGGCCUAUAAGGAGGGGCUGGGAACGGUGUUGUCAACAACCAGCAAACCGCAUCCCCAGCACUGAUGGAGCGCAGGGGCGCAGGAGUAGAGUGUGGGACUCUGUGGGCAAGGGGGUUACCAUGCAUCAGCAGUGUCCCUGGUUCCUGCAACUGCCACUUCCCAGCAGGGCAAGCAAUGCCCAAGCUGAACACGGCUCUGCUUGCUGUUCUGGGACAGUGCCAGUCCACAGCAGUCCCGCACUCUCUUUGGCAUUGCUUCCCUCUGGCUCUCGCACAGCCUUCUGCUUGCAGCCCGUGCUGCAGAGUGGGAGACACCAACAGCAGCCCUGUUGGGCUGGGAACUCUUGCAAGUGCCGGGUCCUCAGCCUGUCUCUCCUCCCCGUGCCCGGGUGUCAUCCCCCAGCCCUGUAGCACCAAAGCUAAGCAGAGCACAGUUAUUUCUGUACCUCAGCAUGCAGACAAUAGCCACAAAGAUGCAGGAUGCAGCUCCAGCACAGGGUCAUGGCUGCUUCUCCUUUUCCCCUGGGGCUGGGCUUGUACUCUCAGCACAUCUCUCGGUAUCGGGUGCGGCACAUGGUCAAACCACAGGUUGCAGAGCUCAGAGACACCGACGGCUCUGGAGCCUCUGAGUGAGGAGGGGAGAGGUCCUGCUGUGCAAUGGAGGAGGCAAACCCCACCCCCACGGUGAUAACGGCCACCACCAACUUCUACACCUGGGAGUACAGCGUCUCAUGGGAUGACGGCAUGCUGCCUGAGCUGUGUGAGAAGCAGGCAGUACAGGGCUUCGCCCGCACCUACCAGCCAGCCAUCUACCUGCUGCUCUCACUGCUGGGCACGGUGGGCAACGGGCUGGUGCUGCUCACGCACACCCGCUACCGCCGGGCACGCAGCAUCACCGACGUCUGCCUGCUGCACCUGGCCCUAUCUGACCUCCUUCUGCUGCUGACGCUGCCCUUUGCCGUCACUGUGACGCUGCAGGGCUGGUCCCCGGACACAGCUGCCUGCAAGGUGCUGCAAGGCAUUUAUGCCCUCAACUUCUACAGCGGCUUCCUCUUCCUCACCUGCAUCAGCAUGGACCGCUACGUGGCCAUCGUGCGGGUGCCAGCCGCAUGCCGCCUGCGUCCACGGGCUCGCCGCCACGGCUGGCUGACGGUGGGCCUGGCCUGGCUGCUGGCUGCGCUGCUGGCACUGCCGCAGUUCGUCUACGGCAAAGCAGAACGGCACCAGGACCUCCAUAUUUGCCGAGUUGUUUUCCCCCCGGCAGCGUCACGGGCAGCACGGGGAGCCACCAACCUCACGCAGGUCGUGCUGGGCUUUGCCGUGCCCUUUGUGGUGAUGGCAAGCUGCUACACGGCCGUGGCUCGGACGCUGCUGGCGGCUCGUGGCGCUCAGCCCCACCGGGCGCUGAAGGUGCUGCUGGCCCUUGUGCUGGUGUUUGUGGCCCUGCAGCUGCCCUACAGCCUGAUGGUGCUGCUGGACACAGCCGAGCUGCUGGCCAGCUGGGAGCUGAGCUGUGCCCAGAGCCGCCGCAAGGACCUGGCGCUGCUGGUCACCAGUGGGCUGGCAUCCCUGCGCUGCUGCCUCAACCCACUGCUCUACGCCUUCCUGGGCCAGCGCUUCCGCCGUGAGCUGUGGCUGCUGGCCAGCGAUGCCGGCUGUGUGGGGAACAUCGACCCCCGCUGCCCCGGCUGCCCCAGUCCUCGUCAGCGCUCAUCACUCUCCACCUGCCAAGAUGUGGCAUAGGAACGUAGUGCCGUGCCCGGGGCAGGCGCCAGCACCCGCGGGACACAGAACCCCCCCAGGGAAAGCCUGAAUAGUCCCAGGAGUCCCUGGAGCUACUGAUAGGGGCAGGACACAGACCGUGUCCCGGGCAGAUGGAGACAACGCCUUGCGUGCAGAGGCCAAUGCCAACACCGGGGAAACGUCCCCAGCUGCAGGGAGGCCAUGUAAUGUCACACGUGUUUGGGGGGUGUGUGCCACGAGGGCACUGUGCAGUGCCAUGCAUGCCCCAGUAGGACCGUCCAUUGCCCUUGUGCGUGAGUGGGACUGUGCAAUGCCACAGGGCAGCGCCUUCCACCUUCGUUUCCACCCUUGCAAUAAACCCUGAUCGAACUACGCUAUGUGAGGCCACAUCCCUGCGCGGCCGGGGACUCUCCGGAGUGGAGGAGCAGAAGCCGCCGCGGGUACCGAGGCCGAUAUCGGGCAGGCGGCAGGAAGCCGGGGAAGCGCCCCGGCAGCGGCCGGUGGGUGCCUGCAGGAGGCAGCAGAGCCCAGCGCUUCCCGUCCUGCCCGUGCGCCCAGCGCUGCAGGGCCUGAUCGCGUCUGCCCGAGCCGGGGGCACCCACGGGGUCGGGACCCUCAGUCACGGGAUGGGAGCGGCCUAGCCGCGCUCCGCAGGAGCAGUGGAUGUCACGGCCUCCACCAUCACCAGCAGGGCAGAGGCGGUGGCAGAGCCCACAGACCCACACUGGGGCUGUAGGGGUCGGAAACCCCCCCGGGGCCAACAGUGUGAUCGUCGGGAAAAUCCUGCUCUGGCUCAGGCUGGAAACUCCCCCAGGGAGAUGGGCGAGAGGGGUUUUCCUCUCUCUUCCUCUUCUCUCAUUUCCCCAUGAGAUUUGGCCCCAGCACAUCCAUCCCAGUGGCUCCAAGCGUUCCACACAGGGUUGGUGCUCCUGUUGCUCUCGGCCUCCCACCGGGGCUGACCAAUGCCAGCACAGAGCCGAGCGGCACAGAGUGCCCAGAGCAGCAGGGACUGCAGGGGCAGUUCAAGCUUCCCUGUGGGGGGGGUGGUUCUGAGCCCCGGGUCGGUUCCCUCCGGCUCUUACACCGAGGGUUUCUGUGUGUGGGGCGAUGCCUCCCCUGCUCUGGGUUUGGAGACCUCUUCCCGCUCACCCACACGCUCUGGGAUCAGCCCAGCUCACACUGGAAAGCUCAGACCCUUCGCCUACUUCUGGGCAGGAAACGCAAUUACCGCUGACUCAGCACCGCAGGGCCCCCAUCCCCUCGCAGCCCCCAUUCUGCUGCACCGACCCCGUGCCCCGCGCACUCCCAGCUCCCUACC